AUGCCUUAUGAGGCUUACAGCCGCAGGUACUUGGUCGGAUGGACCAUACAAAGCCUCAGCAUAUUCUUCACGCACGUGGGGGCGGCGUCCGUCUUCAUCUCCCUCUUCUACCUCGCCCGAGUCGUCGCCCGUCCCCCGUCCGACGAGACGUCCAGGGGGCUCCGCGACGCGCAGAAGUGGGCUCUCGGCGCCCUCGUCUGGGUGUGCCUGGCUAGCAUCACCUCCAUGGGCCUCUACAUCAGCGUUUGGGCUGUGUGGGUCGUGAGCGACCGUUAUAGCGGUGAUAGCUCUGACCCAUCCUACGCCGCCCGCAGCCUUGCCAGCUUCGCUUUCAACGUAGCCCUCUACGCAACAGACCUAAUCUGCGCCAUCGGCGUCCUGGUUUACAUUGUAAAGGCCCGCAAGAAACUCCUUGGUACCCCGCUGCAAAAGGCCUCGGACAUCCUGCUCGCAUGCGGCAUUCUCUGGCUAUUCAGCGUCGUGUGGCUGGUGUUGUCCAUUAUCUUGAACAGCAUGGCAAUUUAUCCUUGGAGUGGCGUCUGGGUAAGGUGCCUGUUCAUCAUCCUCGACGUCUUGCUUUACAUCUAUCCGACGUUCGUUGUCCUCGUCCUCCAGUAUGUGCUGGUGACCACGGACAAGUAUGCCGUGUGGCAGCCCCAGGAGCAGGAGCAGGAGCAGGAGCAGCCUACCAAGAACACGGAGCAGGUUGUGUAG